CAAGAAGCAUAGCUAGCUACAACUACAUUAUUUUUAUAUAUUACAUGUCAUAGUGGAGGUUUGAUUUACUAAAAAGACUACCAUUGUAUGAAUUAAUCUAAGUAGACCAAGAAAUUUUAACAUUUACUCAAACCGUUUAGUUAGUUAACUGGACAAUCAAAAUUGAUCAUGAAAGUACUUAUCACAGGAGGUGCUGGAUACAUUGGUUCAGUAUUGGUGCCGAUGCUUUUAGACGAAGGACACGAGGUUACAGUAUAUGACAAACUGAACUGGGGAAUACACUCAUUACUGCAUGUUGUUUACAUGUCUAAUCUAAGAAUUAUACAGGGUGACGUGACAAACCGAGAUCAUGUUGCUGAAGUUGUUUUAGGUAAAGACGCAAUUAUCCAUCUCGCUGCAGUUGUUGGCGAUCCUGCAUGUGAUUCAGACCCAGAUGCUGCAUUGUCAACAAACAUUUUGGGAACACAAAACGUAGUUGAUAGCAUGACGAAAACACAAAUUAUGAUAUUUGCAAGUACAGGAUCUUGCUAUGGGUAUAUGGAAGGUGUCUGUACUGAGAAAAAAACACUACAACCUCUUUCUCUGUAUGGAAAAAGUAAAGUUCGUGGCGAAGAAAUAGUUCGGUCUGUUGGUGGCAUAUGUCUAAGAUUCGCAACGUUAUUUGGACUCUCCCCUAGGAUGAGACUUGAUCUUUCAAUAAACAAUUUAACUUUUACAGCUGUAAUGGAAAAUCAUAUCCGAUUGUUAGAAGGUCAGUUCAGAAGGACAUUCCUGCAUGUUCGAGAUGCUGCGGGUGCAAUAAUAUUUGCUUUGGAUAAUGCAAUAGUAAUGUCGGGUAAAGCAUUUAAUAUUGGAGAUGACCAAUUAAAUAUGACAAAGUUAGAAGUUGUACACAUUAUACAAGAGGUAUUACCUGACUGCACUAUUAGCACAAUAAGUGAUAAAACCGAAAAUGACAAAAAGGAUUAUGAGGUGUCUUAUGAGAAAAUACAUAAAUUAGGUUUCCAUCAUAAAAUUGAAGUUAAGGAAGGAAUUCAAGAAAUGCUUAAAGUGUUUCCUUUUCUAUCAUUAAAAGACAGCAUCAAAUAUUCGAAUAUAUAACGCUGUACAUUAAUGAAAAUAUAAUAUAAGAAAAUAAAGAAAUUAAAAUAUAAGAACCUUUUUGUUAAAAAUAUAUAUAAUUUAUCCUAUGACUUUUUACAAUUUUGUUGAUUUUCUACUGAUGUUUGAAUGACCCAAAGGCGUAAUAGGAAAUGUACUUUAUAUUUCGGCACAAUAUAAUCGCUGAUUUUUAAGCUUAUAAAGCUUAUUUUUGGUCAUCUGGAAACCAAAAUUAGAACAGGGGUCGAUAUAAACCCCGUUUUAUUUAACAAGUACACCUAUUCCUUAUUUUUUAUGAAAUUGAUAAAAUGCAGUUUUAGAUAAAAUGAAAAGAGUUCGGAAAACAAAUUUUGUCAUAGAAACCUUCAGAAGACAAGCUUUAAAGUUUUGAAAUCUUCCUAAAUGCGCAUGUUGUAUUUCUGA